ACAGCUUUCUCUCCGUCUCCGAUUUUUUUUAGCACAGCUCCUCUCUCCUCCGUCUCAGAUUCCUCUCCGUUUAGAAAAGCUCUAAAUUUCACUCUGCAAACCCUAAUUUCCGAUGUCAAUUGAAAGAGAUCAUGCGACGCAGCAACAGCCGCCUAACUCCAGCACUCUCGUCGCGCACCCAUCCGGAAGUAACGACGGAGAAGGCGACCGCCACGUCUCCGCCGGAGAGGUCUCCUAUGACCGACCCUCGUUUGCUCGCUCGGAUGGGCACAAUGAUGGGAAGCCUAAUUUCGCCAAAGAGCUUUACAAAGAAAGUUUGCAGCUUUCAAAACCUGAAUCAUCGUUUGGUUUAGGUAAUGAUGAUCACAGUCUUGAGGAUUUAGAUGGGUCCUUUUUCGGGAGUUCAGAUGAAGAAUCAAGUGAAGCUUACUCUAUGAACAAGGACUCUGAGAAGAGACUUGAGCAAUUUCGCAUGGCUGGAUACCGUGAUGGGAUUACUGCUGGGAAAGAAGCUGCUGCGCAAGAAGGUUAUAAUGUAGGCUACAAGGAAUCAGUUCUUGCUGGCUACAAGUUUGGUUUUGUUAGAGGUGUUUCCAGUGCGUUGGCUUUCCUCCCUGAUGAGCUAAGAGAAAAGCUUAUCGAUGAACAAGAAACUAAAGAGAAGUUUCAGAAAUUACACGACUCUGUGCAUGCUCUCUCGACAGAAGCUGCAAUGAAACUGUUUUAUGGAACGCUGACUAGAAAGCAAAGGGAAGAGAAGAGUGGAGAAGAAGGGUCUGAGUCUGGUCCCGGUUCUGGUUCUGUUUCAGGUUCUGGUGUUUAUGCCACAACCGACUUGGGAAGCUAUGUUACUGAAGUAAGCUCUCUUCUUGACAAAUCACCUAAGAUUGAAGCUAAAUUGAACACAUAGAGGAAGAGAAGAGUGGAGAAGAAGGGUUUGACUCUAGUUCCGGGUUAUAGCCACAACUGACUUGGGAGUUGAGAAGCUAUGUUACUGAGCUAAGCUCGUAAGAUAGACCUGAAGCCAUGAACAUCACAGCGAAGCUCUCAUCAGAUCUGUCUAUGUUCAUGCAUGAACAUCACAACCAUUAAGUGAUUAAGUUACACCUAACAAUUUCAUAGUAAGUUUGUAUUAUUUUUUGUUGGAAAUAAAGAUGAUCGUUUUUUUUGGAUGAAAA